GCGGGUUAACUAAACACUGGCGGGCUUUGUGUUUGUAUGGAUUGUUAUAAUAGUGUGUUUAGUGGGAUUGUUUGUUUAUGGAGUGUACAGAAGUUUGAUAGCGAUGUCCAGUGAUACACGAAGAGAUUUGCUUCUCGGUAUAGAUAGUAUGAUUACCAAAUUACUCACUGCUAUUCGAUUUGAACGCAGGAUAUAUGAUAAUUCUUUUCAUGAAGUUGGAAGUUCACCUGAGAUUUCCGACGUAAAUAGCAAAGAAAAAAGAUCUCCAUCAACGACAUUUUGUAAAGCUACACAAACUGUACAAACAUUUCCAGUAUCUUCCGAUAUAUGUGAUCCACCAAAUAAUUUGAGGUUAAACAAAGACUUUGUCUCAAAGUAUGCAUCAUCCGGUUUUACUUCAUCUGGACAUCGAUCAUGUGGCUCAUCGAUAGCGCAUCGUUAUGAGGAAGAUAUCAACAAUCAUUUUACAAUAGUGUGUCCCCCACAUCCGAGCUUAUCAUGCUCAUGCAGUUGUAAACUAUAUCAGAAUAAGUAUUGUUCCACUCCUAAUUGUAGGAAUGCCGUCCUUUUCCAAUUUGUGCCUUCAUAUUUGAGUCAGAUCCUCCUUGUUCAUCAAUGUUGCCCAGAUAUGUGAAAGUUUCCACCUGUUCCAGAGCUUCUCCAUCCAAUGUGAUUGGCUUGGUGUUCCGUGUUGUAUUUGAGGAUUUUGGAUUUUCCCUUGUGUAUGUUGAGUACUUCUUCAGAGUCUGGUGCUACAUUGGUUGUAUUAACCUGAAUUUGUUGGUGCAUAUGGGAUAGAAGAGCUGGUUCAUAUGCGAAGUCCGAAUCGUCUAGUUGCAUCCAAGCUGUUUGUUGUAUUCUGGGCGAAGGCUCUUUGGUCUAGUUUUUACCGAAUCGUCAUCUGGACCGGCUACUAUAUUAAAUAAUUCAUUUGGUUAUUGUUAGGUGCAAUAAUAAUGAUCUUAGUCGAACCGGUUAUAUAACAACUCACUCUAACCAUAUUAUAUCAGCAGAUGUUAAAGAUUCUCGCAACGAACGUCGAACGUCUUCCACAAGUGGUUGUUCCACUGCUUGCUCUUGUCAAAGACAUACAUGCGGUUUCGCCACUCCAAAGUAUCCCUCUGAGUUGUUUCCUAAUAAAUCUGAUUGUUCUUGCUCUUGUCAUAUGCAUGUCUUAUCGAAACUCUCUUAAUGUUAUCUCAUAAAAUGCAUUUGUACAGAAAAACUAUGUAUUUUGUAAAUUUGUGCUAUUUUAUUUUUCCCUAACCUUGUUACCCCAUUUGCAAGUAAACUUGUUUUGUUGAAA